GUUUGAACAUAGAGGCCAGAUUACGGUAAGGAUUUCAACCCAACAAGAUUACCUCUAGAUUUAAGCACCUUAUUUAGUUCCAAGCAAUGAAAAUCAGUCGUAAGCUCGUCUCCUGGGCGCGUAUAUAAGGAAGCCUUGGAAACGGGAAUGCAGUUUGGUGAAGAAACACAUCAAGAACUUUUCUAUUGAAUCAGUGCUGCUGCUACGCUGACUUCAAACAGAAUGGGAUCCUCUAAGCUGGCCCUGCUGUUGGUGUUUGUGUCCUGUGUGGGGCGCUGUCUGUCCACCUCCUGCGUUGUUGACACCAUCUCAGCAAAAGAAGACUUUGACCCCAAGAGGUAUGCCGGGAAGUGGUACGCGCUGCAGAAAAAAGACCCAGAAGGGCUUUUCCUGCAGGACAACAUCUCAGCUGAGUACACCAUUGAUGACGACGGCUCCAUGACCGCCUCCUCCAGGGGACGGGUCACUCUGUUUGGCUUCUGGGUUGUGUGUGCAGACAUGGCUGCUCAGUACUCUGUUCCUGACCCCACCAACCCUGGGAAGAUGUUCAUGAACUACCAGGGUCUGGCCAGCUACCUCUCCAGUGGAGGUGACAACUACUGGGUCAUUGACACAGACUAUGACAACUAUGCCAUCACCUACGCCUGCCGCUCCCUGAAGGAAGAUGGGACCUGCGACGAUGGCUACGCUCUUGUGUUCUCCAGGAACCCUCGAGGUCUGCCUCCUGCAAUCCAGCGCAUCGUUCGCCAGAAACAGGAGGAAAUCUGCAUGGCUGGACAGUUUCAGCCCGUCCUGCAGUCUGGAGCCUGCUAGAUAAACAGAAAGAUAAAUGGAGAGGGAUAGCAUGUGCCAGCAGGCUGUAGACCAUGUGGUCUAGCAGCAAGAAUGAGAUUCUGUGAGUGAAAGAAGGUGAAAACAUCUUCCCUCACUUGCACUUGUAUCAUCUAACAAAAAAUGUCUUGGUUGAAUAAAGUUUCUUUUUUCUAAAAUU